CAAAAUCUCAGAAAACAGCUCACAGCUAUCGACUUCAGGGAAAUUAGGGAUAGGCAAUAAAAUCCAGCCAAUAAGUGACACCACACCCUGUGAUCAGGAUUCAUUAAAAACGAAAGUGGGAUUCUUCAGGCAUUUGCUGCUGUGAAUGUUCUUCGUUUUUAAAGAUCUGCUGGAAAAGGUCAAAAACCUUCAAUCAAACUGUCUCAACCACCCACGUCAAAACACCGCAACCAGCCAGUCUACAAAACCUUGUUACAGUGCGGUUAUGUUUCAAAGAUAAACAUUCAUUCAGCUCGAGAGAACCAUCGCCUCUUGAAAUAAGUUGUUAAUCCUCUGGUUUUAAAUGAAGCUUUACUCGGCGCUGAGUGCGGGGUGUUACUUUGCUGAGGCCGUGAAUACUGAAGACUGGGAAAUGUAAUGUGAGCCGACCCCAGCCCCCAACUCUCUCAGACAAAACACAACGGCGCCGCUGAGAUUAACUUCAAGAGGAGGUGAUAUUCCGACACACAACAAGAAUAAACCAAUAAAUAAAUACGGAAGUGCGGAAUUGAUCAGGCAACAUUCAAAGCGGGGAUAUCUGCAUUCUGACUGUUAUAACCUUAAAGCGGAUGAAGGAAAAAUUCCUGAGCAUAAAAGCAAAUUCGGGGACUUUUCUGGAAAUAAAUCAGAGCCCUCGCAAAUCUGAAAGAAAAGAAGAGACUGAAAGUGAAUGAAAACUGUGUUUGGGGGGAAAAUAAAACUCCAGAUGACGUUGCUUCUGAUAAGACCUUAAGAUGAAAGAGAGUCAUGGCAUUGUGGUAUUGCUUCUUGUGAUUCUGGCCUCAGUGAAUGGUGAAUUCAUCGUAGUUGGACCUGAUCACUCUCUUGAAGCCAUUGCAGGUGAAGAUGCUGUGUUGGAAUGCCAGCUCGUGCCAGAUAUAUUUCUCAGCAGCAUGGUGGUGCAGUGGUUUAAAUCGGGUCUCAGUUCACCAGUACACGUAUACAGAAAUGGAGAAGAUGACAUUACUGUUCAACACAAGGAUUAUCAAGGAAGGACGGAACUGUUUAAAGAUGAACUGACCAAAGGAAAUAUUUCUUUGAGAAUACGCAACAUAAAACGAUUUGAUCGAGGAGAAUAUAUAUGCUCAAUUGAUGACAAAACUGAUUCAGAAACAUUUUCAGUUAGAAUGGAAGUUUUCGGUAUUGGGUGUGAGCCCUGGAUUCAGAUGAAGGCAAAUCAUAUAAAUGAAAUCCAGCUUGUAUGUAAAUCCACAGGAUGGUUCCCUGAACCAAAGAUAUAUUGGGUUAGAGAGGAUGAAAGUAAUUUGAUACAAGCUGAAACAAGAUCACAUCUGGACUCUACAGGUCUUGUUGACAUCCAAAGCAACAUUGUAAUAACAAGACAAUUGUCAAACAGGUUCACGUGUCGUAUACUAAAUGUACAUCUGAAAACAAAACAACAAGUAACAGUCAGGAUAUCAGGUGAUAUCUUCCCUUCUGCUCCUGUCUGGCCAGUGCCAUUGCUUGUGACCAUUUGUCUUCUACUUGUAGCCAUUUCUGCUUUGAUUUGUUGGAAUGUGAAACAACAUCAACGUGUAAAAGAUCUAAGACUUUGGAAAUUUAUCACAGAAAAUGAUCAGUGGAAGCCUCUUGUUGAAGCAGAGUGGAAGCGCAUUUGUGAACAUGAAGCUGCACAGAACCGAACUGCUUUAGUGCUGGUGUAUAUUUGUGAAGAUAUUUUCGUGAAUAAAGUAUAUUUUUGA